GAGCGGCCUCACGGUAACCUUACCUUUAACUUAACCUAACUCGAUCUGCAACUUACUCCAACAUGCCGACAAACAAACGUCAUGUAAUCGAGUUGCCUUGAAUUAGACGUAAUAAAGUAGCAACUUUGUAGUAUUUCAGAGCCGCUCCAAUCAAGUUCGACAUGUCAAACGAAAUAAGUAACUCGCGUAGACAGCAAUUGGAAGAGCUGAAGAGCUUCACGGAUGCAGUUAAUAAAGAAAUUGUCGACAUCGUGGGGACCUUGGGGUGGACAGUGGAGAGCGUGACCAAUGUGGACAAGGAAUACUUCACCUGUCCGUAUGACUCGUCCCAUCGCUUAACGGAGGACUCUCUCAACGACCAUCUGGUCUCCUGUCAGUGGAAAGCCGAAGGUUAUGAGAAAUCGGACAUCCCUUUAUCGGAGCCAACCUUACCGGACGAUUCACCGUUCAGCAUAAAGUUUGAUGAACAACUGCAAGCUGAGGUUCUAAGGAGGGCCUGCGCGCAAAAUCCAACAAUGACAAUCGGUACGGGUGAGCGGUUAAUACCGCGUACAUCUGAUAGGCUUGUCACAGAUUUCACCAGCGAUGAGAAGAGAGCACUGUACGAUUACGUCAUCGCUCAUACCGAGAAACCAGAUAUUGGACGGGACAUCGCGGACAUUAAUAAUUUGAAACCACAAGAGAAGAAAGGCAACGAAUUAUCUUUUCUCGAGUUGUUAGUCCAGGAGCGUAACUUGAAGAGGCGUCGAGCAAAGCACAGAGGUGUUCACACGAAUAAGAAAUCUCACACUGAGAUACUCAGGGAAGUGAUUAAUCAGCAAAUGGAAACGUAUGCAGAAUGCAUUUCUGGAGCAAGUGAGCCUGCGCAAGCGGUAGAUGUCCAGAAUGUCAAAACGAAAGACUCGAAUCAUGAAACGAUGCAAGAGAGAGGGGAACGUUUAUAUAAAGUAUUUCAUAGUUCCUACGAUAAUUUUAAUUCUAGAGAAAAGAACGGUCAACAUUACGGUAAAAGGAAUGAUCUGAAAAGAGAGCGUUCGGAGGAAAGAAGGGAUCGCUCGAGGGAACGGGAUAAGCGGAAAAGAUAUUCGGAUGAAUGCAAUGAAACGUACAAAAAGCGCGAACACAGCGGACACAGAAAGUCGUCGAGAGACCAUUCCAAGGAUCGCAAAUCACACAAAAAGGACAAGCAUCGAAGUAAAAGCAAACAUAAGGAUAAACAUCACGAAAGGAAGCAUAAGUCUCGGGAUCGCGAUAGAUCAUCGGAGAGACAUCGUUCAAAGCACGGCGAUUACAAACGAAAAAUGAAAGACAAGGAGUAUUGAACGUUUUCGUAAAAUUAUUUAUAAUCAAAUUGUGACAAUAAGAAUGAAGUAACUAAAGUCUACUUCAAAAUUUGCGUAGUCCCGAAUGCAAAAAGUAUUUUUCAUUAUCGUUAUUUAAAUAUUUGUAAUACUUCUAUGUACGCUAAACACUUUUCUCAAUUACAAGCACAU